AGGAUUAGGAAGAACACACCCAGUGACAUCAGAGAGAUUUGAAGAAGAAGAAAAAAGUCUCAGCUCAGCCUGUGCAGAGACGGAUCAAGAGGACCGAAAGGUCCUUCCUGGUUUUGACAGGCUUUUGGCUCCGGAGACUUUAGAAACCAACUCCAGACUGCGCGUAAAGUUGUUACUGAAGCGAACCGUGGAGCGCAGAGAGUCGCGUUUCUCAAGAGAGGAUGUCAACUUCAGACGAGACUGACGGGAUCCGGCCGAGAUAUGGCUCUGUCUUGGAUGGAAUGGAGCGGCUCACGGCCGAGGAGAUGGAUGAGCGGCGGCAGCAGAACAUGGCCUACGAGUACUUGUGCCACCUGGAAGAGGCAAAAAGAUGGAUGGAGGCCUGUCUUGGCGAGGAGCUGCCUCCCACCACAGAGCUGGAGGAGGGGCUGAGGAACGGCGUCUAUCUGGCCAAACUGGGCAACUUCUUCGCCCCAAACACCGUAUCCCUCAAGAAGAUCUACGACCGUGAGCAGACGCGCUACAAGGCGACAGGUCUCCAUUUCAGACACACAGACAAUGUCAUUCAGUGGCUCAACGCCAUGGCAGAGAAGGGACUGCCAAAGAUCUUCUACCCUGAAACCACAGACAUCUACGACAGAAAGAAUAUGCCACGCUGCAUCUACUGCAUACACGCGCUCAGCCUGUACCUGUUCAAGCUGGGCCUGGCCCCUCAGAUCCAGGAUCUGUAUGGAAAAGUGGAUUUCACCGAGGAGGAGAUCAAUAACAUGAAGAGUGAGCUGGAAAAGUAUGGAAUCCAGAUGCCCGCCUUCAGCAAGAUUGGCGGGAUCCUGGCCAAUGAGCUCUCAGUGGAUGAAGCUGCAUUACAUGCUGCUGUGAUCGCCAUCAACGAAGCCAUCGACCAUGGCAUACCAGAGGGCACGUUGGCUGCCAUGCAGAACCCCAACGCCAUGCUGGUCAACCUGGAUGCCACCUCUGCCCACCUGUACCAUGACACACUGUACCAAGCCAAGGGAAAGAAGGUGGCCAACUCACGCAAACGGCAGAUGGAGAACGCUGAGGCAGAGAGAGACAUCUAUGAUGAGCUUCUCACCCAGGCUGAAAUCCAGGGCAACGUCAACCAGGUCAACUUGAGCAAUGCCUUGGGUGCAGCUGAUAAGGCUCUGCUGGGUGGUGAUGAGGAGAAGUUAUACGGGGCUCUGAAGGCCAUGAGCACCCAGAACCUGCAGGCCCAGAACAAAGGCUGGUACCUGAAACAGCUGCAGGGAGACCGUGAAAAUAAAGAGCAGAUGUCUCCUGGAGAAGCUCUGACUAAGGAUGAGUUGCAGAGCGGCGUGGACGUGGCCAAUGCAGUUGCAGAAGGCUACUCAAAGAUGUUGAAGGCAGUGGAACGCAUCAACGCUGCCGUCAGAGCAGGCGUGCCAGAGAACACGGUGGAAGAGUUGAUGAACCCUGACGCUCAGCUGCCCGAGGUCUACCCCAACGCUGCAGACCUCUACCAGAGAGAACUAGCCAGCCUGCAACAGCAGAGCCCAGAGGGCUCUCUGUCCCACCCCGAGCUGCUGGUUGCUGUGGAGAUGCUGUCAGCGGUGGUGCUGAUGAACGAGGCGAUGGACGUCGGAGACCGAGCCGCCCUCUGGAAGCAGCUGUCCAGCCCUGUCACUGGGCUCAGUAAUGUGGAGGAUGAAUAUGCACAGAGGUACAUGGAUGAACUGAUGCGUCUUAAGGCAGCAGCCAGAGCGGAAGGCAACGACUACCUGACCUGGAAUGACAUUCAGGCCUGUAUUGACCAGGUCAACCUGGCUGUACAUGAGGAGCAUGAACGUAUCGCUGCCAUCGGACUGAUCAACGAGGCCCUGGAUGAAGGGGAUCCCAUGAAGACACUGACCGCACUGCAGAACCCCUCAGCCAAGCUCACAGACGUGGACCCGCCCGUAGCUCAGCAUUACCACGAUAAGCUGCUGGAGGCCCGCAGAGAGAAGGCUCACGAGACCAAGGACCCCUCUGCUGUGUUGUGGCUCGAUGAGAUCCAGGAUGGUAUUCUGAAGGCUAACCAGGAUACAAAGGAAGCCUUACAGUUCUCCCAGACCAUCCAGGCCAUCAAUGAGGCGGUGGACAGUGGCGAUGCAGCUCAGACUCUGGCUGCUCUUCGUAACCCUGGGGCAGGACUGUAUGGUGUCACCUCUGAGUGUGCCCAGACCUACCAGGACGACUUGGCCAAGAUUAAAGAGGAGAAAAAGAAAGAAGGUGAUAAUGGUAGUGUCUGGGUGAAACACUGGGUAAAGGGAGGACACAACUACUACUACAAUCUGAAAAGCAAGGAGGGUACAUGGGUGGAGCCACAGGACUUCCUGCAGAACAACACCCAGCUCAACAAGGAGGACAUCCAGUCGGUAGUUUCCGGGGUAACCACAGCCUACAACCGAGAGCAGCUGUGGUUGGCCAAUGAGACCUUAAUUACCAAACUGCAAGCUCAUUGCCGUGGCUACCUGGUGAGGAACGGACUAAAGGAGAGGAUGAACUUCCUGAAAUCUCAAGAGCCAGCUGUCACGUGUAUACAGGCCCACUGGAAAGGCUACCAGCAAAGGAAGAAGUUCAAAGACCGUAAGCAGUAUUUGGAAGACCACAGUGAAGAUGUUGUCAAGAUCCAGUCCAUGGUUCGCAUGCACCAAGCUCGUAAGAAGUAUAGGGAUCGUCUAAAGUACUUCCAAGAUCACAUCAAUGAUGUGGUGAAGAUUCAGGCUUUCAUUAGAGCCAACAAGGCCAGGGAUGACUACAAGACGUUGAUCAGUGCUGAAGACCCUCCAAUGGCGGUGGUGAGGAAAUUUGUCCACCUGCUGGACCACAGUGACCAGGACUUCCAGGAGGAGCUGGAACUGAUGAGGCUCCGUGAGGAGGUGGUCACCAACAUUCGCUCUAACCAGCAGUUGGAGAACGACCUGAACCUGAUGGACAUCAAGAUCGGUCUGCUGGUGAAGAACAAGAUCACGCUGCAGGAGGUGGUGUCCCACAGCAAGAAGCUGACCAAGAAGAAUAAAGGCCAGCUGUCUGACAUGAUGAUGAUGAACAAGCAGAGGGGAGGCCUGAAGGCUCUCAGCAAGGAGAAGAGGGUCAAACUGGAAGCCUACCAGCACCUGUUUUACCUGUUACAGACCAACCCCACAUAUCUCGCCAAGCUGAUCUUCCAGAUGCCACAGAAUAAAUCCACAAAGUUCAUGGACUCUGUAAUCUUCACCCUGUACAACUACGCCUCCAACCAGCGAGAGGAGUACCUGCUGCUCAAGCUCUUCAAAACUGCCCUGCAGGAAGAGAUCAAGUCGAAGGUAGACCAGAUGAAGGAGAUUGUGACAGGAAACCCUACAGUCAUCAAGAUGGUGGUGAGCUUCCACCGGGGCACUCGGGGCCAGAACGCUCUGAGGCAGAUCCUGGCACCGGUUGUCAAAGAGAUCAUGGAUGACAAAACGUUAAACAUCAAGACUGACCCGGUGGACAUUUAUAAAGGCUGGGUGAACCAGAUGGAGACGCAGACUGGAGAAGCCAGUAAGCUGCCUUAUGAUGUGACUCCCGAGCAGGCAAUGGCCCACGAGGAGGUGAGGACACGACUGGAAGCCUCCAUCAAGAACAUGAAGACGAUCACAGACAAAUUCCUGUCUGCUAUUGUCGUCUCGGUGGAUAAAAUUCCGUACGGGAUGCGGUUCAUCUCCAAGGUGCUCAACGACACCCUCCAUGAGAAGUUCCCAGAUGCUACAGAGGAUGAGCUGCUCAAGAUUGUGGGGAACCUCUUGUAUUACCGCUACAUGAAUCCGGCCAUCGUGGCUCCGGAUGCCUUUGAUAUCAUUGAGGUGUCGGCGGGUGGCCAACUGACCACUGAGCAGCGACGAAACCUGGGCUCUGUCGCCAAAAUGCUGCAGCACGCUGCCUCCAACAAGAUGUUUCUGGGAGAUAAUGCCCACCUCAAUCCCAUCAAUGAAUAUCUGAGCGCCUCUCAUCAGAAGUUCAGGCGUUUCUUCCUCGCAGCGUGCGACGUUCCCUCACUGGAAGAUAAAUUUAAUGUGGAUCAGUACUCUGACUUGGUCACUGUCACCAAACCUGUCAUCUACAUCUCCAUUGGAGAAAUUAUCAACACUCACACGCUGCUGCUGGACCAUCAGGACGCCAUCGCUCCAGAGCACAAUGACCCAAUCCAUGAGCUGCUAGAGGACCUGGGCGAGGUUCCCACUAUAGAGUCCCUCAUUGGUGAAAACCCUCUCCCUCCUGAUGACCCCAGCAAAGAGCUGAUGGGGAAGACUGAGGUUUCACUUACACUCACCAACAAGUUUGAUGUCCCUGGUGAGGCCAACGCGGAGAUGGACGCCAAGACUCUCUUGCUCAAUACCAAGAGGCUCAUUGUGGAUGUGAUCCGGUUCCAGCCCGGGGAGACACUGACUGAGAUCCUGGACUUGACAGCCAGCCCAGAACAGGAAACAGAGUACCAGCGGGCCAUGCAGAGGAGGGCCAUCCGAGAUGCCAAGACUCCAGAGAAGAUGAAGCAGGUCAAACCUGUUGUGGAUGACAGCCUGACACUGCAGGGCAAGAAGGACAAGAUCAAGAGCAACCUACAGAGACUGGCAGAGCUGGGAAAGGUUCACCCCGAGAACCGCUAUCAGGAUCUCAUCAACGACAUAGCCAAGGAUAUCAGAAAUCAGAGACGGUAUCGGCAGCGUAGGAAAGCCGAACUGGUGAAGCUUCAGCAGACCAACGCAGCGCUGAAUUCCAAGACCAAUUUUUACAAUGUGCAGAUUGAUUCUUAUAAUCAGUAUAUCAAGACGUGCAUGGACAACCUGGCCAGAAAGGGAAAACUGUCAAAGAAACCCGGCGACAACAAGGCCAAGAAGAGUAAACAGGUUUCACAGAAAUACACCGCCUCUCGCCUCCGCGAGAAAGGUGUGCUGAUUGCGAUUGAUGAUCUGCAGCCCAACCAAUUCAAGAAUGUUAUUUUUGAGAUUUCUCCAUCCGAGACCGUAGGAGUGUUUGAUGUGAAGGCCAAGUUAAUGGGUGUGCAUUUGGAGACAUUACAGCUAGAGUAUCAGGAUCUGCUCCAGCUGCAGUAUGAAGGCGUGGCGGUGAUGAAGCUCUUUGACAGGGCCACCAUCAAUGUCAACCUGCUCAUUUUCCUGCUCAACAAGAAAUUUUAUGGGAAAUAGAAAAAGAGCGGAGGAAAGGGCUACAGACACUGAUGUAACCACAAAACCCACCGAGGGUUGCACAAAGCCCUGACCUGAACCUACACAUUCCCAACUGCACUUCUCUAAUGUGCCUAUGCAAAGUUAUGCGCAUUAUUCUUUAUUAUGUUUGUGCUUUAUUCUUAAUGGAACAGUCCGUUGUGUGACUCGAGUGAGCACACCGCAGAAACUUGCUGGAGUCUUCUCUUUCUGUCUUGUUUGUAGCUGCAGCUCAGUCAGAGGUUUAAGAUUUGUAUUUUUGCUUUAAAUAUUAUGAACAUAUUGUGCAUGGGCUUUGAGUAGUUAUAAAAAUGUAUGGUUUAUGUAAAGAGAUCAUGUUGUAUAUCCAUCUUAGCUCAUAGAUGAUCUGCUCUUUUGACUGAUUAACAUCUCCUAUGCCAAGUGCCAGUGUACUUUUCAGCAGGGCUGUAGUGCAUGAAGACAGCAUUGUGCAGGUCCUGACUCGGUCUUGGACUCAACAGCUCUGUCUCCUCUGGGAUACUUUUGUGUUGCUGCUUGAGAUGAAUUAAAAUGAAAAGCUUAACAUUAUGGAGAAAUAAACAAACUCCUCCUUCCCUCUUCACUGUAGUUCAUUUUGAAAACAUUGCAGUAUUUUUCACAUAUUUGAAUAUGAUUUAGCUUUUCCUAUCUCUCUCUAAUUUGGACUUGACGCAUCUCAGCCCCCUGCCAAAUGAACACACAAGCAUUCUGAUGCCAAUACAAAGAGACGUAUUUUAAAAGAAAUGCAAACCUGUGUUGGUCUUACUGAGCUAUUGAACUCAAAACAUGGAUUUUUUAAAUAUACAUAAGUUUUAGAAUUUGUUUCAUGACAACUUCGCAUCACAACACUCCAGACCAGUCUGGACUGGACUGAGCUGGCCAUGACUACAGCCCUGGUGCUCAGAACUGACCUGCACUGUUUUUUGCUUUUGGCUCUGACACAGUAGAAGGAAUGUGGCACUUCUGUGCUAAUAGCACACAGAGCUGUGCAGGUGUCCUUAUCUAUUGGCUUUCUCAGAUGGCUUACUGGAAAUUCAAUUUUUUAAGUCUCUUUCAUGGUUUAUUUUUUAUCUUGUAUAGGCAAAACCGGUUAUAGUUACAGUACAUAGCAAAAUCAGUUUGGUAAAUGUAACAUGUCCAUCUGUAAAACAUAAGAUGGGACGCAUAAGCAGGACAUUGAAUGCAGAGAUUUUUGUUUUGUUGAAAAUUAUUCAGUAAAAUUCCCCUUAUUUAUAGUUUUUGUUGUUUAGUCAAUGUGAUAUCGUAGCUAAUGUCACUGAGCUUGAGGAUGUGCAGUAUAAGUCACUAGACUUGUGGGUCCAGUAGAUGUCACUCUAAACCAUCCACUUUUUUUGUCAGUUAGGUUGAGGCUCCACACAGACUUGUUGAACUAGAUGUUUGUCUUGUGUAAAGUUUCCAUGAUCGCAUGUUGACACUGUUCUUUGAAAUGGAGGAGACUGGGCUCUCUGUACGUUAUGGGCUCUCAAUCAUUCUGUCAGAUGAAUUUGACCUGUUUUAUAAUAAAGCUUUACAGAUCCA